GAACUACAUCUGCAAGUACAACGGAGUAUCGAAAAAUGAAGAUAUGAUCUUCAAGAUUAUAACUACAAGAACACAAGCACAAUGAGCGCCGCGAGCACUUCUUCGAAUAUGGGUGGGGCUGCGCAGGAUAUGACCACAAAUCCUGCAUGGCCUCAGAAGCAGUCUCAUUCAUUGAGACCUUCGAUUAAGGCAACCAAGAGAGAGAGAGAGCAUCCUCUGCUCCCCCUCAGAUCGUUAUCGUUGGGGCCUUUUUUUUGAAGGAAAAAAGGAGACGGCUCUAAGGAUAUGACAACCCUCAAGGAGGAGGUUGAAUCGCCCUCGGGCUUCCACAAGGAUGCGAAUCUCAACAAGGAUAAGGAAGAUGUGAGUGUGACGCGGAUGCAGUAGCUCUAAUUCAACUGCACCCGUUCGUCGUAGCAGAGCCGUCAGCAGUCGUCAAAUCAACUAUGCGAUGCCACCGGCUUCGGAGGCCGGCUCAGAACCAGAUGGAGGACCACAGGGAGAAGGAGAUAUGAAAGGAUGUGGGAAGAUAGUACAGAAGAUCAUAAGAUGAAUAAAGUUCGUAGUUUGAAGAUGUUGUACUAGUUGUAUUGAAAAACAGGUUGUAACAAGUAGACCUAGACUGACAUCACAUCCAGGCACGACAAGGGAAAAAUACAUCAGAACAACGUCAGACUAGUAAUAUAUCACAAAUUACAUUCCAAUUUCUGUCCCACCUUUUCUUCACCUUUCAUCGGCCGCGAAGGAGCUGCUCCAGCGAACAAGAAGCCUAAGGUAUGGUCUCGGAUGCGAUCGCAAGCGCCGGACCACCAGAAAUGGAAAGAGUCUGUGAGUAAGGUUCCAGGUUCCGAAUACUACAAUCGGAACGCUUACGAGCUCUCGUCUGCAGACAUGGCAAGAUAUCACCAGUUGGCGAUAAAUGUGGAUCAGGGAGGGCCGCACAUUCCUGGAGCUUAUUCUUAUGGCUCGUCCUCGAACGUGGUUGAGUUGUGCAACGAGAAGAAAUCUGGUCUAAUUUUUGGAGCUCGUUCUACGUCGCUCUUGUUGCAGUACUGAAAAGAAAGCUAUGGACGAGUAGAAGUAACACCACUGCUACAACGGUAGAGUACUCCUAACUCUUCUAAGAUCCACGUCCACUGUCAGCUGGAGGCUUGGGGAAGACAACUGGUCAAUUAGGCGGCGGCCCAGGCAUGAUUGGUCAGGGAGCAUCUCUUGCGGCAACGAUUUACGGCAAGAUAGAAGGGCUACUAUUGAUGUGAUUUUUAAGUACUUGAGGUGCUGGAAUCGUGACAUACAUAAGGCUUACUGACUUCUUCUGACUAGUACUUAGACGGAAAAUCCUACAGUUAAAUGAGGUAAAGAAUAAAACAUGAAAUGAAAUUGAAAAUGGCCAAGCGAGAGGAUGGCCAAGUUGAUAAGGACACCUCGAAGUACUAGUAACUACAUUCAUAACAUUAAAUAAGUAAUAGCAAAUGGAUGCGUUCAUUGUUCAUAACCGGCCAGGCGGGCAGCACGUGACUGACAGACCAGCUUCCGCUUACCAUCGACUCGAACAGACUCAAACUGGUGAGUUCCGACCACCUGUUGCACGUCCUGAAGAGCGAGCUCCGGUGGACGGGCACGGCCACCUGAUAAGUCGAGGGAGAUCGCGUGGCAACUAUACUAACGAAGUGUUUGGGGAUCAGCUAGGCUUACCUGGAGGAACAGCCGAAUUAAGGGGUGCAGGCAGAGCAGCGCAAAUGAGGACCAGAGGUGGUGGAGCAAAUUUGAACAAUACUCUAGGAAGCGGAAGUGGUGGCGAAUUGCUGGAUGAUAAGGCUGGUGAUUUUGGUGUUGACAUGUGGCGAUUUGUAAGUUCCUAAUUGCUGCCCUUCCACAGCUGUACGAGUUGGUGGCAAUGGGGGAGAGGAUAACACUGACCUCCCUACAUUCAAGAGUCUUUAUUUCCUCAUUUUGUUCCUUGUUUUCAUGAUCUGUUCGCCCCUUACAACUCACCCUAUCUCUAACAACAAGCAAGACCUAGCCCUCGUUCGAGGAGACGCGACGCUAAAGAGUCGACUAGCCGUUCAUGAGCAGGAGGACGAUCCCGCAGCUCUCAUGGAGAGCUACACAAAGAGGAAGAAGGAACAGUAUCUAGGGACGACAGGAACAGACUUUGACGAGACCACAGGCGAAAAAAUCAAGCUGCCAUUCGGUUGGACAAAGCAUAGAGCGAAAGUUGAAGGUAUGUUUUAGUUUCUUUUUUGAAAAAGUUGACCUGAUCAUGUAGACUCUUCUUGAGUCAGUAAGACAUAUGGAAGUACAUCAAGGAACACUGGUUUAUUGUGAUCGACAGUUCUUUAUGCUGGAAGUCUUAAAGAAACAGAAUCAUGAUCACUCAAUUUGUGAAUUCCCGUUGGACAUGAUCAAAACUAACACAGGUGAGCGCAAGAGCUACUAUUACAACCGGUUCACCGGCGAAUCCAAGUGGGAAAGGCCGACAGGCGUGGCCGUAGGCGACUUAAUGCAGACAGACGUAGAGAAAACCAGGAAAGAAGAGAUGAAUGAAGAGCAGCGUCAAGCCGAGAUGCGACGCGUAGCUGCGAUCGAGGCUAACGUGACCGAAGGCGACGGUUUGCAUGACGUCGACGAAAAUCUACCAGAUAUAGUGCUUUUCUUCAUCAUCAUCUAUCGAUAUCUGCGAACGAAUUACAGGCGUUUAAAGAAACAGCUGAAGAAAGCAUUUGAGAAACAAGCGGACGAAGAAGUCAUGGCCAUAUUGAUGCGGUACUGCUUUUUUUGGAAGUGAUGGCAAUAUUGAUGCGGUACUGCUUUUUUGGGGUGUUGUUUGAUGUUAGAUGUUCUCAAGUUUCAUAAGUAGAAUGUACUCGCAACUUCAAGAAAUUUCAGUUUCAGGAAAUCGUUUUUUCACACGGUAUCUUCCUGAAAACACAGAUGAUACUCCUCGUCAUGAUCAUGCUUCUAAAAUGACACGAUCCUUACUACAACCCUUAUGCUACAACUUACAGGGAAAACGAGGCUUUCACCUUGA